ACCUUACAAAGAAAGAGAGUUAGUGCCUAUUAAGUUCUCAAAGAAUCAUUAAUGCAAAAAUUGGAUAACAAUGGAAAUACAAGAUGCUGUAUUGGGAGAUUUUCAAAAUCUCAAGAAGAGUAACUACGAAACUAGGAUACAUUGUUCAAAUACGGAUGAUUAUAUCCAAAAAGAUAAUACUUCAACACAAUCUAACAAUCAUAAUGACCAAAACCUAUUAAAGUUAGUCAGUGUAACAUCGAUACCCAGUCACUGCGAUUUAUGGCAAAAACAAAAACAGGAUAAUAAUUUGCAAGGACCCGAGAAUGUAAUAGAUUUACAUAAAUAUCCUAAGCAAGAAAGUGAUUUAAAAGUAGAAAUUGAAUGCCAUAUCCAUGAUCAAAAUGAUGAACACAAAAAUUUCCAACAAUACACUCAACUUAAUCAAACUUCAUCAGACCCAAUAACGCAACAGUGUAUUGAAGUGAAAAAUGAAAUUAAAGAAGAACUGAAUCCACCAUGUGCCCUUAAAGUUAAAGACGAAGUUACCAGUGACCAUGAAAAUGAUAUCUGCAAUGUUAAAAAUAACACUGAAGACAAUUUGUCUUGUCAAAAUGUCUUCGAUUUUAACAUAACAAUUAAAGAUGAGUUUACAAAAAAUAUUGUUCAAAUUGAGCAAUUUAUUUCAGCUGAUAAAAUGGCAGUUAACAAGAAAGAUCUGGGGAACAACUCACAGAUUGAUAAUGCUGUGAAAGGUACAGAAAAUGUUGAUGGAACUGGACACAGAAAAGUUUAUAGCAAUCAAAAGAAAAAGAAAACAUUGAGUCCAAUAACGAAUACUGCGGUAUCAAAAGAUAAACUUACAGUUUUCAAGUGUGCUGUAUGCGCAAAAGUAUUCUUGGGCAAUGAUGCCUACAAGGAACAUAUGAAGAAACAUUCAAUACAGGACCAUCCUAGCAGUACAGGUCCAUCAGGUGUUUUAGUUCUAAAAGUUGGUGAUCCCCUGUUAAAUAAAUGCACAAUAGUCAAAGUGAAACAAGUUAAGUCAAAAUUGAAAACAAAAGAAGAAUUUUACGAGGAGAUUUUGACAAGUUAUUAUGACAGAAUCAAAGUGUGGAGCCAGAAUGGAAACAAUUGUGAUGGUGCAAAGAACAAAAGUGAUAGUGCUCAAAAUACUGUUCAAACUGACUGUAAAACUGUUAACGUAGAAAAUGUGAACGUUGAAAAUGUUAAUGUGGAACCACCCACAGUGGUUAAACUAAUAAAGAAAAAGAGGAGAAUGAGACGUUCUCUAACCAUGAGUGUCACAUCUAAGAAGUGCGAUGACAAUUGUACAAAUGAUGAAUCGUGUAAACAGUCACAAUGCAAGAAAGUACAAAAACCCAACGCAAAACAUAAUAUCAACUCAUACUUUUCUUGUAACCAGUGCGAUUACAAAUGCAAAUAUAAGAAGGUACUAAGGAAGCAUAAGUUAAAACACGUCCGAGUCAAAACCUACAGAUGCCAAUGGUGCGAGUACAAGUGCCUCAAGAAAACCCAUUUGGAUCAACAUUUAAGUAUCCACACGCAGACAAAGCCAUACUCAUGUAACUACUGUGAGUAUGACUGCAUUCAACGGAGUGAUUUAGAUUCACAUAUACGCACUCAUAUACGUGUAAAACCUUUCUCGUGUAACCUAUGCGAUUUUAUUUGCACCCAGAGGGGUAAUUUAGACGAACAUAUGAGACUACAUACAGAUAUAAAACCGUAUUCUUGUAUUCUUUGUGACUAUGUAUGCGUUCAGAGGGCUCACUUAAAUGACCAUAUAACGAAAAUUCAUACAAAUCUUUAAUAAUAAUAAUAUUUAUUAAAUUGUGGGUACAUAACAAGAACACAUUUCAUUAAACAGACCGUUCACAAUCGACUGUCACAGACAGUGUGCAAAUGUUUAUAAAAAUAAAAAAAUAAAAUAUUAACAGCUUAAUUGCUUAUUUCUGUCGCCAAGCAACGUUGCUGUGUUCUGGGCUGGAUUUGGUAAUUACAGGCAUAAAAUUCAAAAUUCAUUUAUUUCAUGAAGGCCCAGUUUACAGGCAUUUUUGAAAAACCAAGUCAGUCUGUUUGUAGUUGAGCCGUCACAAGACUUCUGGCAGAUGUGAUAUACAUAUACAAUAAGAGAUACAAGGGUUACCUUUUUAAUUCAAUGAUAUACAAUUAACAUAAAGUCUAAAUAAA